CACCACAGUUAUCCACCACCGCCAGUGCACCGCCGCACAGAAAGAAGACGGCACGGCACACACUGCGAUACAAACCGGCAGUUUGUGUUAUGGUGUUCCGCAGUUUAGAGUCACCAGUCGCGUUGCUCAACAAGUGACAUGGCCGGUAACGUCGGAAUAUCGUACCUCGUGUGCGUCCUCAUGACCUGCUCAACAUCGCUCUUCGUAGACGGUGCCGUUGUUCUGCCGAAUACUUCAGGAAUUGAUGGACAACUCACUGCCAAUCACAACGUCGAUCAUUUUUUUUCGUUGUGGCUGGUUUUUAGUAACGACGAAGUUAAAAUAUCAGAUGAACCUUUCACUAUCUUCGCUCCUCAGAAUUCAGCAACAAAACGAGCUGAAAAACUGCUUCAGCAACCGGAACUCAUCAAGAAACUGUUACUGGAUCACGUAGUUCUAGGUUCUCUCAUUGAUCUCACGAAUAUAACUUCAGAUACAACUUUAACAACGUUAUCAGGAAAAAGUGUUACCGUUAGAAUAUUUAAGGAACACGAUCUCAAAGCUAACGAUGCUAACGUAGUAGAAAGAAGAGUUGCAGUACCAAAUGGUUUGUUAGUAAUCUUAGACGGUUACUUGUUCGCUGAAGAACAAGAAACAAAACAAAAUAACGCUUCGGCGCUUCCAACGGCCCAAGAAAAACUGAUGGACGUUUCGGCAACUUUCUCUUCGACUUCGAACGAAAAUAGCAAGAAUCAAUCGAACGCCACAUUCGUGGAAAACAUUAUGGAAGUGUUGUCGUUUCUCAAGAGUGGCGUUAGGGUUUUUCAGCACUUCUUAUCGCGAUCUAACGUUUCUAACUUACUACAACAAGAGGAAGAAUACACGGUUUUUAUACCAACCGAUCACGCCUUUCAGCGGUGGCAUCCAAUCGACUGGGGUUUCUAUCCCUUCAGUGUUCCGGAAUUUACCGAAAGCGUUAUUGUUAACCACUUCGUAAAGGGAAGAUUGAAACAGGAUUUGAUAAAAGAUGGGGAAAUCGUGAAAACUAUAGGUGGAAAGGAGAUUGUUUUUAGGAAAACUCCAAAUUUAACAGUGAACGGUGCUAUGUUAGUUAAAGGAGACACGCCAGUAGCCAGAGGUAACAUUAUGUUUAUAGGUGAAGUCUUGUUCGUUACCGAAUCGAUAGUUUCCAAACUACAUCAACAACACAAAGACAAAGAAACGCCACCAUUAUUGGCAUUCCCAUGGUUCGGAGCACAAUUUUUAUCUCACGCUUUUUUAGCGUUGGAAAGGGACAAAAGAUUUACGCAUAUCACCAGAUUUUUGAAUCUUGCUGAUUUAGCGCCGCACGUGUCCGGAACCGGUUACACGUUUUUCGUUCCAACGGAUAUCGCAUUCGAGAAAAUAGGAUUGGAUAGGAUGCCAGAUAAUUAUUUAUCGACUGGAGACGGUUUGCAAAUAUUACUCAAUCAUUUCGUCAAAGGAAGAUUGUACGACAGAGAUUUGACAGAUGGGGUUCGGUUGGAAUCUUUGGGAAACAAAACCAUCACAGUCAAAAGGACAAAAGAAGAAGUAUACGUGAACGAAGCAAAAAUAGUGGAAAGUGAAGUUUUCGUCUACAACUUAGGAACGAUGUACUAUAUAGACACGGUAUUGUUUAUGACAAUUAACACGCUUCCUCAAACUAGUACUUCGACAGAAUCAACGUCAUCCCGAGCUCCCGCUUGGACCACAGCGGCGUUUGUUGAGAAAAUUCCAGAAGAAAUAGCCGAGGAAACUGGUUCCAUGCCGGAUGUAUUAUUCGCCGAUGGAUUUAAUAACGAUAAUGAAACUGAGAUCGCAAGUACUACCCUUGAUAGUACCAGUACAGUAAAAUAAUGUUGUGUAUAGGUUGCUGAACUAUUUUUAUUAGUAAAUUCGUUUAAUUUGUUCCAAAAAAAAUGCUUUUAUUUAAUAAAAUAUUGACUAAAAUCGUCGUUGGUUUUCAGAAAAAUAACCAAACUGUAUUAGUUUUUUGUGAAUAAGUAGUGGGGAUGCGCUGUGUAUCAUUAUUAAUAUUUUAAAUAACUUUUUUGGUUCGUUAUUUGAAUAGAUUUGUAGUGACGUCAAGUUUGAGGUCUCUAAAAACACGAAUAAAAAAUUAUUCAUUCAUUUUUGAAAUGACUUAAGCUAUAAAUUUAUUUUUUUUUUUUCAAUUUUCUAACGUUCUUCAUAUUAUUUGAUAUUCGAUUUCAAUUAUUAUAGACUAGACCAUUUUUGUAGCUUGUGGAUAAUGUUAAACGCUUUCUCUACAUCCAAAAAGCAGCAUAUAUAUAGCGAGUAUUUUUACUGUCCGACUGUAAGGAUAUGAUAUUGAACACCUUCACAAUAAGUACUCUGUAAUUCAUUUAGUUGAAGAAUCUUUCCAAAAAAUUUGAACACUGAACUUAAUAUCGUAAUACUCUUAUAGCUUGGACAAUCUGUAUUAUCUACUUGCUUAUGUAAAGGUAAUAAAUCCCAUUUAAUCUUUAUUCUAUAUCAGAUAUGAAAUCUAGUAAAUGAAAAAGUUUAUUUCUUAUUUCUUUGAUGUUAUUUCAUCAUGACCUACGGAUUUUCUUUUCCAAAUUAGUAAGUCGUCUUCGACGUAUAUUUCCUCCGGUUGUUAGGCCGCAAUUUUUAGGUUUCUGUAUUGAGUCCAAGUGGAGAUUUAGCGAAGUACUUCCUAGGCUACAGUCCCGGGAUCUUUACAAAAGAAUAGCCAUUACAAUUAAUACUUUUUUAGACGACAUUUAUUAUAAAACUUGUAUGAAAAAAAUUUUUAUUUUAUUUGGACACCAUUCCUUUUUUGCCCCAAAGUCUCCAGAUAUCUGCUUGACAUUACUUUUCGUCAUUCGCCUAUCUCAACUUUAAUUUUUUUCUUUUAUCUCAGCUAAAAAAUUUAUUCUUAUACUACAUAGCUUUUAUUAAUAUAAGUAUUUUGAUUUUAUACCAAUAAAUAUACAGUAUAAUCAUUGGCAUGGCUGCUGAGAUACUUUUGAUGGCCCGGGGUAGAAUUUGGACCCGAGUUCAUCCCCUUGGAAAAAUCUACAAAAUCAGGAAAAAAAACUAACAAAAAAUGCAAUAUAAUCUAAAAUAAAUAACACACAAUAUUUGUUACACAGCUACGUUCGAAAUAAGUAAUUUUUGCUCCACAAAACCAUUUAAUUUAUAACUUAUAAACAUUUUGGUAAGUAAAAUGUUUAAUUGAACUAUUAAUUUGACUAUCGGUUAUAGUACUUGUAAACGAAAUAUUUGAACUAUUUUUAAACUAAUUAGUCAUUCAAAAAAUAAAAAUAAACAUAAGAUAAAACAAUCUUAAACCUCAUACCAUUACAAAUUAAUGUAUGUUUAAUAAUUAACAAGCUUUUCCAUCAAAAAUUUCAAAUUAAAACUUUUUUUUCUACCCUUUAUUCUAGCAGAAUCGUCAAUGAUGUUGAAUGAUAAUUCUUCAGCUGUUCCAUGUUUAACGCUGAGUAACCUCAAAUGAUUCAUUAUCAAUGAUAAUUGGCUCGUUCACAUCAAUGGUGAAUGAAAUGUGUCCUCUAACAAAAAGUUUGGUCUUCCAUUAGAUCAUCCUUGCUAAGAUCUGACUCUCAACACUCAAUUUCGCGAUUAUUAAAUCAAUGAGGCCUGAAGAAAUGUAUGAAUAAAAAAAAUUAGGUCUUCAAAUGAAUUCAAAUUCUUUUAAAUUGAAAGAUAACUACGGAAAUGAAAUCAUUCAAACUUUCUCACUACUUCUAAAAAUCUGCUUUUUCAAAUUACUCACAUAUUUUUUGUUGUGAUGAAAUAGUUUAAGAAACGUUUCAAAUAAUCAACAAAAUAAAAAUUAUUUCGUUAUAAUGAUUGAUGUACGGCGUAUUAUAAGUAAAUUUAUUUUAUCAUUAAAAUAGUGUAACCGAGAAAGUAAUCAACUAUAUUUUAAAUAAUAAAAAAACAAUAUCUAAAUAACAUGAAUAUAAUAUAUAUUAUGUACAUAUGAUGAUACUUCAGUUAUUCUAGUUACGUAUUAUUAAUUUUAGAAUUAAUUAUUUAUAUUUAGAAGAAGAAAAAAACAAUGACUGAUGAAUGUUUAGAACAAUUUGCAAAUAUUUUGUAAAUCGGUUUAUAUUUCUAUAUAAAAAUUAAUGUUUGUUAUCAUAGUUAAUAGAUUAAAUCGGUGGGAGUUCGUAAAUGGACAAACAGGUACAUUUGUACGAUAUUUAUAAGUGAAAUUUUCUUUUGUAAACUGUCAUUGAAAACAAAUGUGAAUCCUGAUUCACAGUAUUUCUUCUUGCUGUUCAAUGUAUAUCAAUUUUUUUGUUUCAAUUGAUGCGUUUACCGCAAAACCACUUUUCUUAAGGCGCCUCUGGAGAUUCACCAUCACCAGCUUAUUUAUCAAUAUUUUUUAUUAAAAAUUUUGUCCGACAUACUUUAAAAGUUGUACAAUAAUAUGUAAUCAAAUUUAAUAAAAUUGUAUUACUCACGUCGCCGCAAAAAAAUCACGAAAAUAUGCUUUUUUCCAUUUUUAAAACCUUACUCAAAAUUAUAACAUGUUUAACCUACCUGAAUUUUCAUUGACAAUUUUCCACUGUAGAUAAAUGUUGUGUAAUUCUAUUUAAAAAAUAAAUGUUUACUUUAGGAUGAAGAUAUAUAUAUAUAUAUAUUCCCAAUACUCUAGUACAAAAAUUUUCAUUCUCGCUUAUUUUUUUUAUUAACAUUUUCUUCUAACCUUACGUUUCAUCAAGUCUACUUUGUACAUUUUAUAUUUGAAUUAUUUAAUAAAGUUCUUAAAAGUAAA